GGCCCUCGGCUCCCUCCUCCUUUUCCCCCGCCUCCAUUUUGUUCGCGGACGCUGGGGACGGUGGGAGCGGAUCCAUUUCCGGGUUGGUAAAAGGGGCGGCGGCGAGAGAGAGAGAGAGAGAGAGAGAGAGAGAGAGAGAGAGAGAGAGAGAGAGAGAGAGAGAGAGAGAGCGAGAGAGAGCGAGAGAGCUUGCCGCGGGGCGAACGAGCAGGACUAAACCAGGACUGAGGUGACGGAGGAUUCGCUCCCGGAGCAGCCCCCCGCCGAGUGGGAAAGACGCCGGGGCGGCUGAGCCCGCCGCUGAGGUAUAUGAAUGACCUAAAGCGGCAAAUAAAGACGGAGAGACAACGGUGCCAACUGGAGCAGGGCAAGAAUGCCAAUUCCUCCUCCCCCUCCGCCCCCGCCUGGUCCUCCCCCACCUCCCACAUUUAAUCAGGCAAACACAGAACAGCCCAAACUCAGUAGAGAUGAGCAGCGGAAUCGAGGCGCCCUCUUACAAGACAUUUGCAAAGGGACCAAACUAAAGAAGGUGACCAACGUUAAUGAUCGGAGUGCUCCUGUCAUCGAGAAGCCCAGAGGGAGCAGUGGUGGCUACGGCCCCGGAGCUGCUGCUCUGCAGCCCAAAGGAGGUCUCUUUCAAGGAGGAGUGCCGAAGCUCCGACCUGUGGGAGCCAAGGAUGCUUCAGAGGCUCCAGCUGGUAAGCCGGCCCUGCAAGUCCCCAGCUCUCGAGCUGCUGCUCCAAGGCCUCCGGGGUCUGCAGCCAGUGGGCGUCCUCACGAUGAUACAGACAGCAACCGAGCCUCCCUCCCAGAACUGCCCCGGAUGCAGAGACCCUCCUUACCGGACCUCUCUAGGCCCAACACCGCCAGUGGCACAGGCAUGAAGCACAGCUCCUCUGCACCUCCCCCACCACCUCCAGGGCGGCGUGCCAACGCGCCCCCCACCCCUCUGCCUCUGCACAGCAACAAAGCCCAAGCCUACAACAGGGAGAAACCAUUGCCUCCAACACCUGGACAGAGGCUGCACCCUGGACGAGAAGGACAUCCUGCUCCACCCCCUGUAAAGCCACCUCCUUCCCCUGUGAACAUCAGAACAGGACCCAGUGGCCAGUCUCUGGCUCCUCCCCCACCGCCUUACCGCCAGCCUCCUGGGGUCCCCAAUGGACCCUCAAGCCCCACCAAUGAGUCAGCCCCUGAGCUGCCACAGAGACACAAUUCUUUGCAUAGGAAAACGCCAGGGCCCGUCAGAGGCCUUGCACCUCCUCCACCCACCUCAGCCACCCCCUCCUUGUUGAGUAACAGGCCACCUCCCCCAGCCCGAGAGCCUCCUAGCAGGGGAGCAGCUCCCCCGCCCCCACCGCCCAUGAUCCGAAAUGGUGCCAGGGAUGCUCCCCCUCCUCCCCCACCUUACCGGAUGCAUGGGUCAGAGCCACCAAGCAGAGGAAAGCCCCCACCUCCACCCUCCAGGACACCAGCUGGGCCGCCCCCUCCCCCACCACCCCCCUUGCGGAAUGGCCAUAGAGACUCCAUCACCACUGUCCGCUCCUUCUUGGAUGACUUUGAAUCCAAGUACUCCUUCCAUCCAGUGGAGGACUUCCCUGCUCCAGAAGAAUAUAAACAUCUUCAAAGAGUAUACCCCAGCAAAACAAACCGAGCUGCCCGUGGAGCCCCACCUCUCCCACCCAUUCUCAGGUGAAGCUUGGCGUAGUCCUGCUCCUCAGGAAAAGGAUGGACCUCCUCUUCUCAGAUGGCCUCCCAACCCUAAUCCCUGCAUGAGAGCUCCUGCAGUGUUUCUCCAGUGCAGCCAACCCAGGCUCUGAGCAUCCUCCAGCCCAGCUCCAUCUAUGCAUCUCCUCUCUGGACUCGGUGAUUGGACUCUUUCUAUUGGCAGUAGGGUCUACUCCCAUCUCCACCUUCUUCCAGCAAGCCCUGCUAGCCAGAGGAGGAGAAAGCUUCCACGCCUCCUGCUUUCUUCCAGGGAAAGGUGCCUUGUUGUGGUGAAUGGACUCACAUUGGGCAGGGCAGAAAGUGUAACCCCUGUCUCUGUCAUUCACCGAGGGCGAAGUGUGGUGUGUGCAUUAUAGCCCAUAGUUUAGGAGGUUGGUGUGGCCAGAACUUCUGAGGAGAGGUGUUCCAUGAUGCAGGGAGGGGGUUUGCAGAGAAGUGAUCUGUUUUAAAGGUCGGGUUACAGAAAGGACAAGGACAUGGGUCUUCUUCAUUUUCAAGUGUUUUGGUUUUGUUCUCAUCCCCUUCCCCCAUCCCAAGAGAUGAGCAGUGCAUACACACUAAGUACUGAUCCGCUAACUAAACGGUAAAGGGCACGAAGCAACGGAGGGUCAUUUCAGAGCCAGUCAGCUCUUGUGCAGCUAAGGGCCAGGGCUGUCCGAGCUCUGGGACCUCCUGCCCCUUCCCCAGGGUGCUAGGCUGAACUGUGUCCCUUCCCGAUCCCACAAGAGAAGAGCCACUUUGUUGAGGGCAUUGUCUAUUCUCAAGUCACAAACCCUACAGACUUCCUAUAAGACAUGGAAAGAUAGGGCCUUAGCCACAGCCUCCUGAUGGCUUCAGUUUUUUCUGAUUAACCCUGAAGUGGCCAGCAGCCUGAGUCCUUCAGCCCUUGGGGAAAGCUCCAGGGAGACUUAAGAAGGGAACCGAAGCCCUGGCUUCAUGGGAGUGUCUGGCUCUUCAGGGCCAGUAAGGUCUUGGCAGCCUGCUCAUAGCGAGACUCUCACACCCAUCAGACGGCAGGCUCUUCCUGUUUUCUCUGCCACCCACCCAUACCUUACUGAGACUGCAGGGUUUAAGGCCACAGCGUAGAAAAGGGAGCUUCAGGAGGAAUACAGAGUCCUGUAAGCCAAGCACAAAGACAUAGGGAGGCAUGCCGCCCGCCAUCUAGGAGGUGGGUCUUCCCUGGCGGCCAGCAAUACAUCGUUUCUCAGUCUUCCAAGGUGUAGGGAAACAGCACAGGAAGUGGGUGUUCCAACGGAGGCCGCUCUGUUGGCCAGGAAGUGUCUCUUCUCCACUAGCAGUGUGGGGCGCCUGAACUCCACACCCAGAGAAGUUGGUUUCUGACAGUCCUUGACCUGGGCACAAGCUGCUCAGAUCUUACAUCACGGUAGGGAGACCAGGCUGUUCUCUGAGUUGGGUAGGGGAAGCUAGUGAAAAACUUCCAGAUACACCAUGGGGUUAAAUUAUCGUAGGGGCUGUCCUUUUUUUUUUUAUUAUUAUUAUUAUUUUUAUUUUUAUUCUCCGCCCACCCCACUCCACUCCCACCCCCUAAGACAGGGUUUCUCUGUGCAUUCCUGGCUGUCCUGGAACUUAUUUUCUAGACCAGGCUGGCCUCAAACUCAGAGAUCCCCUGUCUCUGCCUCCCAGGUGCUGGGACUAAAGGUGUGCGCCACCACGCUUGGCUCAUAGGGACCUUUCUAAUCUAGUGGACCAUAGGCUAAGGAUCUGUGUGUAAUGCCAGGUCAGACCCAAAUCUUCUAGGACUGGAGAAAGUGGACCUAACUUAGUUCAUUUAUUUAUUGAGUGUUGCCCAUUGCCAGCUCUUGGACCACUUGGACUUUUGGGACAGGCAGUGGUUAGAUCUUACCGGACUUUUAAUUGUUCACUAUUUAUCUUCUUCUCAAAUCUGUUAGCAGUUACGCUCCCAGCAUCCUAACUUGAACAAAGGGAAGAGAGGGAAAAAAAGCUGACACUUGGAGAGUUCCAGGGUAGAUUCUAAUGGUUGAACUGUGAAGUCUUCCCAUUUGUUGUUGAAAUGGGAGCUGAUGCCUUUUGUACAAUGUUAUCAAAGUGUGAAAAUUUUCCCUUACUGAAGCAUAGACCAUCAGAUAUAUGCGUGCGUAUUUAUGUAUGUGUAUAUAUAUAUAUAUGUAUAUACACACACACAUAUAGAUUUGUAUACACACACAUACAUCUACUCACAAAGCCAAACCCGGGCUUUUUGCUUGGGCUGAUGGUACCUUCCUCGACUUGACCUGCCACCCUUUCUAAUCCCCAGAAUCAGACUGUGCCGCGUGGGUAUUGAUGAUAUAUUUUCGUUGUCUUUGCCUGGUGGAACCACCACCAAAAAAAGGCUUGAAUUUAGAUCUACAUGAGUGAGUUUGCUCCUCCAGUUAACGGAUUGUGUUGAUGACACAACCCCUAACUUAAAUGUCUUUGCCUUAUUCAUCAUUUGGUCCUGCUGUUAAUAACAAAUUUAUUAUCAUGUAUAUUUGCUAUUGAAGAUGGGAGUGUGAUCCUCAAAAUUGUUGGUCUGUUUUAUAUAUUGUACACAGCUUGUAAUGCAGGUUUAAGGUAGCCGGGCUGUGAAAACCCUGACACUGUUCCCCUUUAAACUGUCCUUGAUGUCCUCAUGGGAAUGUCGUCUCUUCAGUGGAAGAUUGGGUGGUCUCAUGUUGAGGCUAUUACUUAGUCCCUUUAAUCCCCUUGUCCCCUCCCAAAGGGGAGAGACAUUGCCCAGCUAAGCAGCCAGAAGCUCUGUCACAGCUUUCGUGGUAUUUUUCCCUAGUGGGAAACGCUGGAUGGCUGUUUCUUACUGCCCUGCCCUGUCAGGCGGUGGUUCUGAUUUUCAAAUGAGCUAGAUGCUCCUCUUUCCCUUUCUCCAGUCACCAAACCUGGACCAAAGUACUUCAUAUUCCAGGUGUGGGUUCCUCUCUCCUGGGAUUUGCUGCAGCUGCAGAGCCCUGCCCUUUUCGCAGCCUUGGCCACUUGUGUGAGCCACUAGGGCCAUCCCAGCCUGAUGGACGGGAGGCGGUCCUCACCAGGAAUUCAAUUCAUUCCCUGCCCCCUUUCCUAGCCUAGGCAGAGAAACUAGUCACUGGCCAUUGCCCUGGGGGAAUCCCCUCACGCAGUGGCUUCCCAUCUUAGAACCCGGACUUACCUCCAGGCGGAGGUGAGGGGUGGGGAGUACUGUAAAUAGACUUGCUGCAGAGCAACUCAGGGUUGGGGUAUGUUUGAGUUCUCCUGAUCACUUGAAAACUAAUCUGUAGGCUGAAUGCUUCUGGAGUGUGGGGGAAAUGUGACUCCGGGGUCCUUUGUCCUCUGAGGCUCUGCGGGUGGAGGGUAGGACUUCAGAGGCCCUUUGAUAGCACGGCUGCGCUGUCUGCCCUUCUGGAAACCCAACCUGCCAUCAGCUGUAAAUCAGAUUCUUCACAUUCCAGGUGUAAGCUUUCCCUUCCCUGUGACUCUCAGUCCCUAGCUACAUGGUCAGGGGGACUCUGUUAAACCACCCAAAUUUAGGGAAUGAGAGGGGAGAGAGGAGGCCAUUAGGAGUCUGCCUUCAAGACUCAUUUCUUGAAAACAAAAUGGAAAAAAAAAAAGAUAACCACCUUCAAUCACAGGCAAAAACUAAACCAAGAAAAAAAAAAAAAAAGCAAACAAACCAAAAAACCCAACAGCAACCAUGUAACUGAAGGAAGGGUCUGGUUCCGCUCCAUCCCGUGUUCAUUGUGCCUUUACUUGUGUUAGAUCUCUGUGCUUUCUUCCUCCCCCUCUAUGACGUCAUUAAUUAAAGCCUUCCUUGAUAACCGCUGUUUCCUUUCUGCUCCUGUUUCUUACAGCUUGGUGGGUUUCUUCUCUGAUUGUCUUCCAUCUUACUCGCCUGGUGGCAGAGGGGCUUAGCGCACACACGCACCCUCUUUUUUUUUUUCUAACUUCUCCUUUCCCACAGUUUCCAGCCUGGAAGUUACAGUCAACACUGAGUAAGAGACCAGAGUGAUUGUGUGCAUGUGCGCGUGUGUGUGUCCAUCUGCAUGUGCGUCAGUUUCUUUGAAAAAUAAUUUAUUGUGUGAUUUCCUGUGGAGUUUUUGUUCAGGUUACAGUGCUGCUCCACAAUAGCACGGAUCCCUGUCCCCCUACCCCCGGCAUAAAAUGUAUUAUCUGGUCUCAGGUUGGAUUCCUUGGUACGUUUCUUUCUGUGCAGUUUAUUAAACCUUAAAAGGAAAAAAACAAAAAGGAAAACCUCUGUGUAUUCUUGUCGUGAGCAAUACUGUUUCAAGUGACUGCAGGGAGAGAGGAGGAAACCCCAUGGUCUCCUCUUCUGGACAAACGUGGCAGUUUGAGUUCAGGCUCCCUUAAGAGAGGACCUGUGGGUGGGUGUGGCAGAAACACUUGCAGCUUUCUGGGGCCUUUCUGCCUGUGCGUUUUAUUUUUGUUUUUGUUUUUUGUUUGUUUGUUUGGUUGGUUGGUUUUUCAAGACAGGGUUUCUCUGUGUAGCUCUGGCUAUCCUGGAACUCACUCUGUAGACCAGGCUGGCCUCGAACUCAGAAAUCCGCCUGCCUCUGCCUCCCAAGUGCUGGGAUUAAAGGCGUGCACCACCACUGCCCGGCUGCCUGUGCGUUUUUUAGAAGUCACCCUUUUGGCCUGGCCAACCAGUGAUUCUGUUUUGUAUUUUCUGCUUCAUUCCCCUUGCCUUUCUCUCAAGGAGCCCCAGAGGCUCCUUUCCGUGGGGUCUGUUCCUUGUGACCCCUUAGACUCUGUCUUCCUGUGCCCGUGCUUCCAGGCCGAUUCGCGCCAGACAGUGGAAGAAAAGGUGGGGGCAGGGCCCACAUCUUGUGAAGCUCUGCAUAGUCCUGCUGAUCCUGGAACUCACUGUGUAGACCAGGAUAGCCUUGAACUAGAUCCUCUUGCUUCUUCCUGUGCAAGGUUUGGACCACCACAACUGCCUUUUCAGCCGAGAUCUUAGCCGGUUUUCUUGAGCUUUGACUUUAGGUGUUAAAAUUCUACCAGGCCUCUUUGUUUCUGUGUUUGCCACUGAUAGUAACUGCAGCUGAGUCCACUGAAUUUGACUGCACUUUCACUGAUAGCAGACCAGCCAGUUACUUCCCUCUGGGUUUAUAAUGGGUGUGUGUGUGUAGAUAGCUCUCAAGGAAUCUAGGUAGAUAUAAUGGGGGUGUGUGUCUGUCUGUCUGUCUGUCUGUCUCUUGCUCUCAGGGAAUCUAGAUUAGGAAAACUUGCUGGGGAAAGGUUACUACCAGAGUGGCUGAAUUCCUGAUUAUUUGAUCCAUUAUUGUUAUUAAUAUGAAUAAUAAACUAUUUAUUGAUUUCAUUAUUCUUUCUGACUUAAUAGCCUGCAUUAUGGCAUUUGCUUAAAUGACCCCCAACUUCCAGCCCUGUAAAUGACCUCACUCCGAUAGUAUCGUUGGUCCUUGUGUGUACCUUUGCACAUGCUCAAAGAAAGAUGCCAGACAGGUCUUUCCAGUGUGACUUGAUUCCUGCUCUGUGACCCCGCUUGAGUUAAGUGAUAAGAACACCAGCUUGCUCACUGCUGAUUGCUCAGGCACAGCUGUGUGUGCUGUGAAUGUGUCUCGAGUAUUUCCUGGCCCAGACCAUGAACUGCAACUCGUGGGACGGAAGCUACCUUCCUCUUGCUUGUGAAUUCUCCGCAGAUGGUAAAAUGCCAAUCUCAGGAUCAUGACCACACCAGAGAAGAACUACAAGAAGGCUUUUUCACCUUUGACACCACGGACGCCCAGUCUGAUCUGUUUUUGCACAUAAUUAAAUGUAUUCUUCUACGUUUAUGGCUUUGAGAUUUAAAAGACUGUGUAUGUGCUUUCCAACCAUAAAAAUCAUUCCUGCACACAGUG